GCAGUGCUCGUCCGCCGCCGCGCGUAGCGCCCGCGACGCGUGCUCCGCUACGCCGUAGCCGCGAGCUACGAUUCUUUGUGGUUAUUCCCGAGUGAAUAGUAGCGCUUAGCGCUUGACACAUUUACUGUGCAGUGAAUGGGAACUUUGCAAACUCUCUUUAUUGUUUUCGUUUAAACUUUCUUUUGUUUGUAUUAUUUUCCGAGUGCAAUGUAACAGUGAGUGAUGGGCACAAACAGAAAUGAUCUCGAAAUAGUGAAAGUGUCUUAAACAAUGAAACUAUAGGUAGUGCUUAAACAAUGUUAAACGGGACGGCAGAGCGGGGGCUGUCACUACAGUCCUCGCCCGUCAAAGUGUCAACGUCGCCUGUCCGGGCGGCGUCGAGCCCCGUGCGGGCUCCGCCGUCCCCGCUGAAGUCGUCGCUGUCGCCGGCGGGCCGGCAGCGGUCGCCGCGGCGUUGCCAGUUCGCGGAGGAGUCCAGGGACAAGUGCGGGCCGGGAUGGCUGUGCCGGCGCGGCGCCGGGCAGCUGGAGGAGGCCGAGCCGGAGCGCGCGCCCGGCCCCAGCGCGCCGCAGGGCUGCGAGGACUCCGCGCCGCCGCCCAAGAACUGCUUCCGGCUUGUUAUGCUCGGAUCAGCUCGCGUGGGCAAGACGUCGCUGGUGGCGCGCUUCCUCGGCACCAAGUUCGAGGACAGCUACACGCCCACCAUCGAGGACUUUCACCGCAAGCUGUACCGGAUCAGGGGAGAGGUGUACCAGUUGGACCUGCUGGACACUUCGGGUAACCACCCCUUCCCGGCCAUGAGGAGGCUCUCCUUCUUAACAGGCGAUAUCUUCGUGCUAGUCUUUGCCAUGGAUAGCCGGGAGUCAUUCGAGGAGGUCAUCCGCCUGCGGGAACAGAUCCUCGACACCAAGGCCAGCGCCAUCAGUGGAGGCAGCCGAGGCCGGAGGCAGGUGCCGAGGGUGCCCAUGGCCAUCGCGGGCAACAAGUGCGACAGAGAGCUCAAGACUGUACAACCCGAAGAAGCAACCGCCUACUGUGCCACCCAAGACGGCUCCUGCGUCUUCGUGGAGACCUCCGCCAAGAAGAACUACCACGUGGACGACCUCUUCUACGAGCUGUUCGUCGUCGCCAACCUCCCUCUAGAAAUGGCCCCGAACCACCACAAACGAGUCAACACAACCUUCGGCAGCCCCUGCACCUUACCUCCGACCAGCAGCCAAAGUAAUAGGAGUAAGAAAUGCACAUUAUCCAUUAAAAGAAGGCUGUCAGAUGCCUGCGGCGUUGUAGCCCCGAACGUUCGAAGACCGAGCAUCCGGACAGACCUUAUGAUAAUGAGAACCAAGACUUGUGCCAAAGGAGACAGUGACAGUGCCAGUGGGAGUCCGAAGCUGACUCUGAACCGGCUGGUGCGGUCUAGCGGACAGAAUGAUAAGAGAUCGUGCGUUAUUCAGUGAUAUUUGUAAUGUGUCAGUUAUUAUAGGUACGUUACAGAUCUCUGGAUUGAAAAUUUUU